UCGCUUUAGAAACUAACGGGGUUGCUGAUAUAAUGGCACUCAGCGCGUUGAUUGCUGCACAUGAUCUUGCUCGCAGCAGACGGAGCAUUAACAAUCCUCCUCCUAACUUGAGUGACGUGAUUCCUCUGAGGAUUGUUCUUCUGGGGAAGAGCGUGUCAGAAAACAGUCUCGUAGGAAACUUCAUCUUAAGACGAGCAGCGUUUGACAGUGAAGCUGCUCCAGAUGUUGUAGAGAGAGUCGGAGGAAGACUGAAGGACAGACAGUUGAUGAUCAUCAACAGUCCUCAGCUGCUCCAGACGAACAUCUCAGAUCAUCAGAUCACACAGACAGUGAGAGAGUGUGUGUUUCUGUCUGAUCCAGGACCUCAUGUGUUCAUAAUCAUACUGCAGUAUAAAGACUUCACCGAGGAGGACCUGAGAAGCGUGAAACAUAUGCUGGACAGAUUCAGUGAAGAGGCUAUUAAACAUGCCAUCGUUCUCACGACUGAUGAAGAGACGAAAGCUAAUGAAUUCAUUCAACGAUUAACUGCUGAAUGUGGAGGAGGACAUCUGCAGCUAGAUCAUAAACACGAGGAAUGGAGCUCUAUAAUACUGCAGCGAUUAGAGAAGAUCCUCGGAGAGAACAGUGAAGAGUAUCUGUAUCAUGAUGCAGAAGGAUCAUCAGUCGAUGAAGAUCACAGCAGAUCUUUUGUUUCACUCCAAACCGAAGAGGAAGAUUCGGAUGAAGAUGAUAUUGGAACAAUCCAAGACACUCAUAUACAGAAAAAGGAAGACAAAGGUUAUCUUCAUAAUAUACCAAAAUUAUCGUUUUUUGGUACUCCAGAUCUGAGACAUCAGCGUGAUCAAGCAAAGAGAAGUGUAAAUGUGAGCAGGAAACAGAAGCUGUGUGUUGUGUUGUGUGGAAGUGAUGGAAGACUGAAGGCCUCCGUAUCAAAUCUCAUAAGAGGAAAAAAGCAGUUUCUUUCCCCCUUGCACCUGAAAGAGAAAGAGUGUGUGAGGAGAGACGUGGAGCUUCAUGCUCAUCUGAUGAAUCUGGUGAAGCUUCCAGCUCUGACUCGUCUCUCAGAAGAGGAAGUGAUGCGUCAGACUCUCAACUGUGUGUCUCUCUGUGAUCCUGGAGUUCAUGUUUUCCUCCUCAUUGUUCCUGAUGCUCCACUGACUGAUGAAGACAAAGCAGAAAUGGAGGAGAUCCAGAGGAUAUUCAGCUCGAGGAUCAAAAAACACCUCAUGGUUCUUAUAAUACAAGAGAAGAACAUGUUUCUUAAACUUUUUAGUAGCAAAAGUAGUCUACUUAAUAUUUCAUCUACUCAGAUGUGUCUUCAGUCAUUUGAAGGUCGUCAGUUUGUUUUGGAGAACAGGUCACAGAUUCCAGAUCUACUGCAGGAUGUGAAGAACAUUGUACAAGAGAAUGAAGGAAGCUGUUAUACAACCUUCAUGUACCUUCAGGCUCGAGUAGAACUGGAGAGAAACAAACACAGAGCUGAAAUAGAGGAACUGAGAAGAUCUAUGAUGAAACCUCAGUCAACAGCAGGUCUAUCACACAAUUAUGUUGCUGUGAGGAUUGUGCUUCUGGGAAAGACGGGUGUUGGGAAAAGUGCAACGGGAAACACGAUACUGAGAAGAGAAGCUUUUAUAUCGAAACUGACUUCACGCUCUGUGACCAGAGAGUGUGAGAAAGAAUCCUCAGAAUUCAACAGAAGACGGAUAACUGUGAUCGACACUCCAGGCCUGUUUGAUACUGGAGUCGAUAAUGUUGAGACCAGGAAAGAGAUUGUGAAGUGCGUCUCAAUGGCAGCUCCUGGACCACAUGUGUUUCUGCUGGUAAUUCAACUGGGACGAUUCACUCAAGAGGAGAAAGAUGCAGUCAAGAUGAUCCAGGAGAUGUUUGGAGACAAAUCCAGAAUGUACACCAUGGUGCUCUUCACCAGAGGAGAUGAUCUUAGAGGAACAAGGAUUGAAGAUUUUAUUGAAGGUGAUGAUAGCUUACAGUACCUCAUCAAACAGUGUGGUCACAGAUACCAUGUGUUCAAUAACAAAGACACUAAAGAUCAGGCGCAGGUUUCUGAGCUGCUGGAUAAGAUUGACUGUAUGGUGGCAGCAAAUGGAGGGAGUUUCUACACCAAUGAGAUGUUCCAGCAGGUGGAGAAGAACAUCAGAGAAGACCAAAAGAGAAUCAUGAAAGAGCGAGAAGAAGAGAUCAAGAGAAAAGAAGAAGAUCUGAGAGCCAAGUAUGAAGCAGAAAUAGAAGAAAUGAAGAAGGAAAAUCAGAGAGAAAGACAAGAAAUGCAGAAAGAAUUAAGAAAAAGUGAGGAAGAAUUCAAAAAGAGAGAAGAAGAGAUCAAGAAAGAAACAGACGAAAAUCUACAGAAAGAGCUACAGAGAAAACUGGAGGAGAACCAGAAACUAUUUGAAGAAGAAAAUAAAAGAAAAGAAAAGGCUUUGGGAGAACAACAACAGAACUUCAUAAAAUACUUGGAAGAAAAGCACGAGAAAGAAAAACAAAAACUUAAGGAGAAGAUUCAGCGUGAAGCACGAGAACAAGCAGAGUGUGAAUAUCUCAUAAAACUGGAAAGAGAAGUAGCUGAAGCUUUAAAAGAAGCUGAAGAACAACUACCACACAGUGCAAAACGAGCUCGUGACUGGAGUCAGUUCGGAGGGUUUAUCGGAGCAGCCACUGGAAGUUUUAUUGGUUCUUUUGAAGACCUUGUGUGCUGGAUUACCAGCAUAAAGUCUAAAUGUUAAACUCAACAGCUAACUGAAGAAUGAGUUCAGACUAGAGCAGAGAGACCAGCUUCUCCUCAGCGUUUGACACAUGGAUCAUAAAUCACUCUUGAGUUCAACAGGACUGUUAGAGAAGACUUCGAGGAAUCCAGCAGAACUUUAAACGCAGAGAAGCACAGAAGCAUUUCAAGCCUUUCAUUUUCACAAUAAAUCUGUUUGUAUUUUUUUUGGGGGGGGGGUCAGAGUCUAACAACGUUUGUCAGGAUUGGCUAUAUUAGUUGUUCAUCAUUAUCUUUUUUUUUCUACACAUUUUAUUCAGUCUUUCUAAAAAUGGUGCCUGUGUAUUCUUCAGAUUUAACUUAAAAUGGUUUGGAACG